AUGGUGGCUUGUGAGUUAGACAAGGAGGUAGCGGGCGAUGUGAUGGGAUGGAAGCUGCCGGUAUGGCAGGCUCUUUUUCUACACCGAGUAUGUCCGGCAGUCGGUGGUUUGCUGGUGUACCUUAUAUUGAUAUGCUUUGACUUGGCCCUCAUUGUUACACAUUUUAGAAAAGGCGAUGAAGCGCUAGGAGUAUUCUGCAGCAUUCUCGUGACCCUUCCCGCAGUGAUAGCAUUCGUGUUUACAUUGGCUUCACCACCACCAAGUCUUCAAACGGAUCUUUCAGCGUAUUCUGUCUCGGUACAAAAGAAAGAUUUACGUUGGCUUGGUAUCCAGUUCCUCAAUGCUAUCUUCUUUCCAAUAGUUGCCAUCGGGAGAUACUGCUUUCUAAUUUUCUGGUGGGUGGAAGCUGUUUACGCAUCACGGGCCAAAGAUGAAGAUCGAACACGAGAAGCUAUAUUAAAAGCUCGAUCAUCAUCACCCAUGGAAUUAUAUUUAUUUUUGCAGUCCUUCAUUCACGCAGCACCACAUGCUAUUGUGAAUAUUCUAGAUUUAUUGGCACGGUUUACAGAUCUUAGUUUCGACCAAGUUUCAGUUCAAUCUGUGAGCAUCAUUGUAUCGUGUCUUCGUAUGGCGAGCACAGCUACAGUUUAUAGAAGAUUUGAAAGGGAAAAAUUAUGUGGUAGGAAUUACCCUUGGAACAAAAAACUUAUAACCAAAAACGAAGAUAAUGAUGAAAGAGACGAUAAAAAACCACACCAAGAAGAAGAACAGUUGUACGAAUCCAUCACGCAGAAAGACUCCAUGCGCUCUUCUACUCCGUAUAAUAGUGAAUUUCGCAACACGAACAGUGAUUUGAUCCAAUUUUCUCCUCGGACCCCUAUUGAGAUGUCUUCAUCCUUUUUCGAUUACGAUAGCGAUUGUUCCGAUUGUAGUUCGCAUUAUCUUCCACCUAUUUCACCUGUUACACAAAGACGUGCCCCAACGUAUGACAGUGAUGAUGAAUAUGUAAGACCAUUAAGUAUUAUUGACAGAGUGGCGCCAAAAAGGCGAGAUACAGGCUACAUAAUUGAAAAGGUUGAAAUAGUACCUCCACCGGUAAUGGUGGCCCCUCGACCUGGGUCGUUGGCUCUUUGGGCUGAAAAGAUGGUGGAAAACGCUGAGUCAAUUCCGGAUUGGCUGUCAGCACCUCCUAGAAGAAAAUAUUGUGAUGAAGUGAUCGAAGAUGAACCUGACGUUCCACAUAGAGUGCCAAGAGCUUAUAUGCGUGGCCUUGAGCCUCAGGAUCUAACAGCAGCAAUCGUUCAUUUUUUAGAUGGCAAUGUUCUAGGUGGGUUUGAAACCCGAAGUCACGUGCUAUCAAGUGAUAGUUACUGUGUUGCUACUGCAUUAUUAACUACGCCGAUAGCAAUUGCUCUACCUCCGCUUUACACCUUACACCCCUAA